CUCUCCCAAACUCAAAACUCCCAACCAAGGGAAGGGUUUAAGAGAAAAAUAAAUUAAAAAAAAAGAAAAAGGAGGAGAGAGAAGCUGCAUGGUUCGUCAACUCAGUGAAGAGACGGAAAUGGCGGAAGAUAGCGACGCUCAUGACCAACUGCCGCUCGAUAUCGAGUCUCAGAUUACAACCGCUAUGCAAUCACGCGUCUCUCACUUCAAACAACAAUCCGAGCUUUGUAGUUCAGGUGGUCAUGGAGGCUUAUUCUGGGUGCUGCACAAUUAACUCAUAUUUCUUUGACAUUUGAGGGGGUACGAAGAUUGUUGGAGAAGGACUUGGGCUUGGAGACAUAUGAUUUGGAUGUGCAUAAGAGAUUUAUCAAGCAAUGUUUGGUGAAGUGCUUAGAUGGUGCUGAUGAUGAUAAUGACUCAAAGACUUCUGGGGAGAUGGGGGAAAAAGGUGUUACUAGAGGAGCACCGGUGUUACUAAAGAAAGAUGUGAAGGACUCUGAAGAUGAGGAGAAAAUGGGAGACUCGCCAGUUAUGGGCCUUCUGACAGAACAUAAAACAGCCAAAUCUGAAAGUGAGAAAACUAAUGACAGCAAAAAUAAAGAAGUUCUAAGCAAGAUUAUGAUAAAGAAAGCUAUUAGAAAAAGAGCUGCUUAUGUCAAAGCUAAUUCUGAGAAAAUUACAAUGGCUGGACUUCGUCGACUUUUGGAGGAAGAUCUUAAACUUGUGAAAUAUAGGCUUGACACCUAUAAGGAGUUUAUAAGUCAGCAAUUAGAUGAGGCAUUAGAAUCUCAUGAAGUUUCUGGAAAAAAACCAGCAACUAAUGCCACGAAAAAUGUUAAGAAAAAUUCCUAUAGUAAAGCAUCCAAAAGGGUCAGCAGCAAAGAGAAUUCUGAUUCCUCAGAUAGUGAGGGUGAUGAGGAAGAAGAGGAAGAGGAAGAGGAAGAAGUGAAACCUAGAAAGAAAAAUGUUCCAAAAGGAAAGACGGAAAACUCUGAUGCUAAAAAACGGAAAAGACCUGCAAAGGAGAGCAACAUAUCUAGCAAGAAGCAGAGGAAGGGUGUGAAAACAAUAUCAGAGGAAAACAGUGAUGCAGAAGAUGGUGGAGAUGCCUCUGAAGAUGGCCACUCUGAACCAUCUGUUGAGAAACCUGUGAAGAAGAAAGAAGUUUCAACCCCCGCAUAUGGGAAACGUGUGGAGCAUUUGAAAUCAGUUAUCAAAUCUUGUGGAAUGAGCGUUCCACCAUCAAUUUACAAGAAAGUAAAGCAGGUGCCUGAGAAUGAACGUGAGGCCCAACUGAUAAAGGAGUUAGAGCAAAUACUAUCUAGAGAAGGAUUAUCUGCAAAUCCUUCAGAAAAAGAAAUCAAAGAAGUGAGAAAGAGCAAGGAAAGAGCAAAAGAACUUGAGGGCAUUGACAUGAGUAAUAUUGUACAAAGUUCACGUAGAAGAUCCACAACUAGUUUUAUACCUCCUCCAAGGAUAGCUCCUCCAAAGAUAGCUUCUCCAAAGAUAGCUCCUCGAAAGCCCAAAAUACUAGUUGAAAGUGAUGGUGAUGACGUGAAAGAUGCUGACGAAGAGAAGGUAGAAGAUACUGACAAAGAGAAUGUAGAAGAUGCUGACAAAGAGAAGGUAGUAGAAGACGCUGACAAAGAAAAGAAAGUAGAAGAUGCUGACAAAGAGAAGGUAGUAGAAGAUGCUGACAAAGAGAAGGUAGAAGACAACAAGGAAGAAGAAGAGCAGGAAGAAGAAGAGGAAGAAGAAGAAGAAGAAGAAGAUGAUGACGACGACGACGAUGACAGUGAGAGUGAAGAGUUUAAUGAAGAUGAUGAUGACAGUGAUUAAGUUUUUAAUGAGCGAACUUGCAAGAUUCCUGACAGCCGACGGCUGAACAAUUAGAUUAUCAACAGUGUAAUUUACUCUUCUUUUUUUUCCCUAUAAUUUCAUUUGGGUGUGGCAAUGUUAGUCUUUAAUGGAGAAUUUGCAUUCAGCUUUGCCAAGUAGGAUUCUAUUACAGCUGUGUCAGUGACUCAUAAGGGGGUAUCCUUGGCCUGAGAAAGUAGUGUAGUUAUCUUAGUAGUUAUCUAUCCUAAGUUUUGUAUGUUGAUGUAUGUUAUAUUUAGAAUAAUAUGUGGCAAAAGCAUGUGGUGA